AUGAUAUCAAGAACACCAUUAUUUAGAACAUCAAUACCUAUUCAACGUACACUUGCAACAAAUGUUAAACCUCGAAGAAAAAGAACAGUAUUUACUGAUGAACUUAAUAAAGGGCCAUCAUUUGAAGAUUUUGUCAGUGGUAAAGCUAAAGAUAUGAUGGAAGAUCCAUUAGAAUUAGCUAGAAAAGAUCCUAAUGCCAAAUUACCAAAAUGGUUAAAAGUUCCUAUUCCAAAGGGUAAAUCUUUUCAUAAUGUGAAGAAAGAUGUUAGAGAAUUAAAAUUAUCUACUGUUUGUGAAGAAGCAAAAUGUCCAAACAUAAGUGAAUGUUGGGGUGGUAAGAAAUCAGAAGCUACUGCUACAAUUAUGUUACUUGGAGAUACAUGUACUAGAGGAUGUAGAUUCUGUUCGGUUAAAACUAAUCGUAAACCAGCUGCUCCUGAUCCAAAUGAACCAGAAAAUACUGCUGAAGCAAUCAAAAGAUGGGGUUUGGGAUAUGUGGUAUUAACUACUGUUGAUAGAGAUGAUUUAGUUGAUGGCGGAGCUAGACAUUUAGCAGAAACUGUUGAAAAAAUUAAACAAAAGGCUCCACAAAUUCUUGUUGAAGUUUUAGGUGGUGAUUUUAGAGGUGAUUUGGAUAUGGUUGAAAUAUUAGCCAAUUCAGGAUUAGAUGUAUAUGCUCAUAAUUUGGAAACAGUUGAAGAUUUGACACCACAUAUUCGUGAUAGACGUGCUACUUAUCGUCAAUCAUUGGCUGUUUUGGAAAGAGCUAAAAAGACCAAACCUUCAUUGGUUACCAAAACUUCAUUGAUGCUUGGAUUUGGUGAAACUGAUGAACAAAUUAUGAAGACUUUAAAAGAUUUACGUGAAAUUGGAUGUGAUGUGGUUACAUUUGGUCAAUAUAUGAGACCAACAAAGAGACACAUGAAAGUUGUUGAAUAUGUUACUCCAGAAAAAUUCGACUAUUGGAGAGAUACUGCAUUAGAUAUGGGAUUCCUUUAUGUUGCUAGUGGUCCAUUGGUAAGAUCUUCAUAUAAAGCAGGUGAAGCAUUCAUAGAAAAUGUGUUGAAAAAGAGAAGACAUAAUGUUGGUGAAACACCAAGAUUACAAUCUGUUGCUAAACCAAGUGUAUAUUAA